AUGGAGAUAUUUCAGGUUUUGAAUUUGAAUGGGAACAGCCUGAGUAAGCUGCAGGGCAUUUCUACACUUCAAAAGCUUAUCAUCAGCUUUGAUGAAUUUACUUCCUUAAAUAAUAUUUAUCAUCUACCCAACCAUUUGAUGGAAUAUUUUGAUGCAAGCCAUAACCCUGUGAUCACUCUUGAGGGUGUUAGAGACUUAAGCAAAUGGCAGAUCUUCAACCUGAGCUGGAAUCAGCUGAAAAAGUCCAGGGAAGAUAUAAAUGUCUUACAUAAACACACUCCCAACUUCCUCAGUCUUGACAUCACACACAACCCAUGGCAUAAGCCUGCCUCAUUGCAGCUGAGCAUCAUUGGCCAAUUAAAGGCUCUCACUAACCUAGAUGGAGUCCUGAUUUCUAAUGAAGAAGCUGCAGAAGCAUUACAAUAUAUUGCAGGAUCAAAGAUGACCCAGGUAUCUCUGUUAGAAUAUUUUAGGACUGAUGAAGAAAAAACUGCCAUUCUCAAUGUAUUUCCUUGCGCUAAAAUUCUGUCUCAAAUUUGCAAGAACAAGGUGGAUUUGCAGAUGUGUUGUAAUAACUGGUAUUCAAUCACUGUCAUAAAUCUGGAUGACCAACUCUUCAAAAUUUCCAACUUUGAAAAAUUGGAGCAUUUAAGAUGGGCACUGUUUAGCAACAACAAUGUCACAAAAAUAGUAGGAGUAGAGUCUUGUCUUAACCUCAAAGAACUCACUUUAGAUGAAAACUACAUUUCAACACUAGAUGACAUUUCAAAGCUCACCAAACUUACAAGACAUAGUGUAAAUAAUAACCAUCUUAUCAGCCUCAAAAGACAUGUGUUUGAAAAUCUGUCUUAUCCUCAUUACAUUGCCAUUGACAACAAGAGAAUCACAUCUUUAGUUAGUUUAAAGAAAGCUUACUCCCUAAUAGAGCUAUACGCAAGUAAUAACUUUGUUUAUAUCAACCAAGGGGUACAUCAUUUGAAGGGUUUAACUAAUCUGAUAAUUUUGGACAUGAGUAGAAAUUGGGUAGUCUGGAAACAAGAUCACUACCAACUAUUUGUAUUAUUCCAUCUUCCCUCUCUCAAAGCCUUAGAUGGCAUUGAAGUAGAACUAACAGAAUGAGAAAGUGCAAAAGGUUUGUUUGGGAUCAAACUCACCUCUGACGUGAUUGCAGAUAGACUGGGACAUUCAGCCUUCACAGAAAAGCAAGAAUUAAAUUGGACAGCUUCUAAUAUCAGAGCUGUAGAGCUGGUGCUAGCAGACGAGUUUAGAAAUGUCUGUGGCAUGAAUUUACAGAACAAUAAUCUCAUGUCUUUCCGUGGUUUAAUCUUCCUUCCUAAUGCCAAAGUAUUGUGUCUGAACUAUAAUCACAUUGAAUCAAUACCACCUGGACAAAAGCUCCCAAAUCAGGUAACAAACAGGCAGCAGCUGUACUGCAAGGUGGCUUCUCAUGGUUAUGGACAGGAAGGACUUGCCAAAAAAAAAAGCAAGGAUGCAGAAUUUGGAGAAAACCUGCACCUGAUAAUGCAGAGUUUGGAAGAUCUUCAUCUGGGCUAUAAUGGAAUUACUAACAUGGCCCAGCUACAUCUUAGCAGGCUAAAAACUUGAAACUUCUGUUUUUGUAGAGUAGGAAAUUACAUCAGCCAAAUUGAAGGACUUGAAGGUCUCCAAUUCCUGCAGGAGUUGCUAUUGGACCACAACCACAUUAAAAUUAUUUCACAAGGUUUCCUUGCUAGUCAGAAUUGA